CCCUCGAGGAGCGUUGGAAAAUCAUUUUGGAUUCUCAUCCAGUGCCAGAAAGAAUGGAAGUCGUUGAAGUACCUGAGGAGUCUGCAGCAAGGACUCAGUUCACUGUCGAUGAUAUGGAUAUCGAAAUCUUACCUCUGAUUUACGAAAUCAUUCGGAGUGUGGAGAAGGAUCCGUACGACAACACUCAAAAGGCCAAAGAGUCACAGGACACUAGUCAUAAAAUCCUUGAACUGCAGAAGAAAUUGGAUUCUGCCAGGGCUCAAAUAAAACGUCUCCCAGGCAUAGAAUACAGCAAGGAAGAACAGCUACAGAAACUUGAGACCCUCCGAAAACAAUUGAGACUAAAACGAGAGCUUCUGCUGAAAUAUCGUAACAUGUGCACCUUCGAAGUGCCAAAGGUGUCUUAAUCUGCCAAAAUCAUUGAAAGACUACUUUUAUCAUAAAAAACCUACAAUUCCAGCACGAAGUAGGAAAGAAGAUCUCAAGAAACUAUUUAAGCAAAAUUGACUCAUCUAUCAAUCACUUAAAAUUGAUUGGUAAAAAUAGAGAUAAUCAAUUGAUC